AUGCGCACUGCAGCUGUCAGGGCCCUGCAUAAUGCCAGGCUGGCUGGGAAGCAAUCAACACCACUUGUUAGACGUUAUGCCACCGCGGUGAGAGAUCCCAGGCAAAAGGAUCCCGCAGAGUUAGACCGUAUCACGAAGCUUCCAAAUGGACUCCGGGUUGCUACCGAAUCCCUUCCUGGCCCCUUCUCCGGGGUUGGGGUGUAUAUUGACGCCGGAUCACGAUAUGAAGAUGAUUCCUUGCGUGGUGUCAGUCACAUUGUCGAUCGCCUAGCCUUCAAAUCAACCAAAACGAGAUCCGCCGAUGAUAUGGUAAACUCCCUUGAAACCUUGGGUGGAAACAUACAAUGCGCCUCAUCAAGAGAAGCCCUGAUGUACCAGUCUGCGACGUUUAAUUCUUCCGUCGCAAAUACCCUAGGCCUUCUGGCCGAUACCAUUUGCAACCCUCUCAUCACUGAAGAAGAAGUACAACAACAAUUGGAAACUGCAGAUUAUGAAAUUCAAGAGAUUUGGUCAAAGCCGGAUCUUAUCAUUCCCGAACUGAUGCACAUGGCGGCUUACAGGGACAACACUCUGGGCCAUCCGUUGUUGUGUCCCAAGGAACGGCUCCCUCUUAUCACUCGCAAUUUGAUUGAAAAAUACAGAAGUCAGUUCUACCGUCCUGAACGUAUGGUGGUGGCUUUUGCCGGAGUGGAACACGACGCAGCUGUUCGUAUGACCGAAAAGUUCUUUGCCGACAUGGAAAAGUCCAAGCCUGAAUCACAACCCACCAAGUCGACAACGAAUGUCAAUUCAUCCUCUCCAUCAAAUUUACAAAUCCCUUCUUCUCAACCACAAUCUCCACCCACUAAAUCAUUUUGGAAGGGCUUGACCAGUUUUUCCACCUCUGCUCCUCAUCAAGCCACUGUCUCUCCACUAGAUCCCUCUCUUUUACAGCCAUCGCCUGCUUCUUUACUCACACAGCCUUCACAUUACACUGGUGGUUAUCUGGCCCUCCCAACCCUCCCGCUUCCUCAAAAUAACCUUUCAAUACCACUGUCACAUGUUCAUAUUGGGUUCGAAGCACUCCCAAUCUCCUCGGAGGAUAUAUACGCCCAAGCAACGCUUCAAACAUUAUUAGGUGGCGGUGGCUCUUUCUCGGCCGGCGGGCCUGGCAAGGGUAUGUACUCGAGGCUAUACACAAAUGUUCUCAAUCAACAUGGAUGGGUGGAAAACUGCGUGGCUUUCAACCAUAGCUACACUGAUAGUGGUCUCAUUGGGGUGGCCGCUGCUUGUGAACCAGGUAGAGUCGGCCAUAUGGUCGAUGUCAUCUGUCGCGAACUACAAGCUUUGACAUUGGAUUCAGGCUUUGCAAGUCUACAAGUAGCAGAAGUCAAUAGAGCCAAGAAUCAACUCCGGUUCAGUCUGUUGAUGAAUCUCGAAUCCCGACUAGUCGAGCUGGAGGAUCUCGGUCGGCAAGUCCAGGUCCAUGGCCGAAAAGUGGGUGUCAAGGAAAUGUGCGACAAGAUUGAUGCAUUGACUGUGGCGGAUCUCAGAAGAGUCGCCAAACAAAUCUUCACUGGCAAAGUGGACAAUAAAGGCCAUGGUACUGGUGCCCCAACAGUUGUUAUCCAGGAAGGAGAACCUGCCACCGGCAGAUCUACAAAGCCAAUACCUUGGGAGGAUGUACAGUCAAGAAUUGCAAGGUGGAAGUUGGGAAGACUGUAA